AUGACAGACGGAGAUGAGUCCAAGUGUCCAGUUCCACAUGAUCAAAGAGAUGUAUGGCUGAAGCAUAGCCAGCAAGCGCAGCAAGCUCAACAAGAGCAGAAACUAGCACAGCAGAAACUAGCACAGCAGAAACUAGCACAGCAACAGGAUCAGCCUAAAUGUCCAGUCGAUGACCAUUCUAAGGAUGUAUGGCUGAAAUCAGGCAAGAAGCAUGGGGAAGCGGCAAAUGACGUCGGUCUGGCUUCCGAGCGUGAUGUCAGCAGUAUACCCAGAACAGGUUCUGAGGGGAACUGGGUAUAUCCAUCGGAAAAGCAGUUUUUUGACGCCAUGAAAAGGAAGAACUGGGACCCCCAACCUGAAGAUAUGAAGACCAUCGUGCCAUUACAUAAUUAUGUUAACGAAAGAGUGUGGAGAUAUAUUAAUAUGUGGGAGAAUGGUCUAGGAGGGGACAGCUGCGGUGGAAUCAAAUUGACUAACUUUAAAGGCCAGUCAAAAAAACUUACCCCAAGGGCAUGGUUCAGGUCCACAAUAUUGGGUAUGGCUAAACCUUUUGACAGACACGAUUGGACAAUAGAUAGAUGUGGGAAGACAGUUGACUACGUAAUUGACUUUUACUCUGAGGAGGUCAAGACUAGCAAGGACAAUAUUGCAACUGAACCGCAGAUAUAUCUUGACGUCAGACCAAAGCUAAACUCUUUUGAAGGUAUCAAAAUGAGAAUACUCAAAAGUGUAGGUCUCUUAUAA